CAAAAACAUAAAAACCACCCAAGAUACAGAGGAAGGGGAAGAGCAAAGAUAUUGAAGAAUUUCUGCUGUAGAGCAGGAUUCAUCAUAGCAAAGAUAAGCAACAAAACCGCAGUAUGCAGGAACAGAGCCAACCAUUUUGUCAUGAAGUUCAGAAGGUUGGCAGGAAUGGCCAGGAGAAUUUGUUUCAUAUCAUUCAAUAAAUGCUGCAGUAAAAUGUCACCUCCAAAGACAACAACACCUACUUCAUCUCCUACUCAUAUGCCUUCAACUGCUACGACAUCAGAAUCCUCAUCAGAAAUAUCCUUAUCAGGCUCCAAGGAAGAAUUAUAUAAUUCCAUUGACAUUGUUAUGGGUGGAAUUGCUGAACUAGAAUUCUCCGAGGAUGAACUAAC